CUUCUACCCGAAUCGACCAACAACUCACCUAGCCCAUUCAAUCACUCCGUCUAUUGCUUUCAUGUCCUUAGCACACUCCCCAAAUCCCAUCUAUCAGAAAUUUCAGGAUAGUCUAUCUAAGCCGUCCUAUCCCGCGUCUCUGAACGCGCCCGAGAGGAAUGGUCCCCAACUUCCACAGUGCUUUCCACAGCUGCCAAUCAAUGCUACUCCGACGAAAGUGGCUGAACAGGAUCUCGAGACACCAGAUAACUGGAUCAACCGUAAUCCAGAGCUCGUACGACUGACGGGAAAACAUCCUUUCAACAGCGAACCGCGACUCGGUGCUUUAUUUGAGAGCGGAUUCUUGACUCCAGCUCACUUGCAUUUCGUGCGUAAUCAUGGUGCAGUGCCACAGGUCAAUUACGAGAUGGCUGCCAACUGGACAAUUCGCGUACAUGGUCUGGUGGAGCGAGAGGUUACAUUUACUCUGCAAGAGCUUCAAGAAAAGUUCCCCGUUGUUAGCCUUCCUGUAACUCUUGUAUGCGCCGGCAACAGGCGGAGAGAACAGAAUGCUGUGCAGAAGACACUUGGCUUCAGCUGGGGAGCAGCAGGAGUAUCAACAGCUCUUUGGACGGGCGUGUAUCUGGCCGAUGUAUUGGAUUAUGUGAGACCACUUCGUAGACAAGCCAAAUACGUUGUCUUUGACGGUGGAGACAACCUCCCGAACGGGCCCUAUGGAACAUCGCAGCGACUGUCAUGGGCUUCCAAUAAGGACAAGGGCAUGCUCAUCUCUUGGGCAAUGAACGGUUUACCGUUGGAGCCUGACCAUGGUUUUCCUGUGCGUGUCAUUGUGCCGGGUCAGAUUGGUGGACGGUCUGUGAAGUGGCUGAAACGGAUCGAAAUAAGUGAUCGUGAAAGCCAGCACCACUUGCACUUUUGGGACAACAAACUGCUGCCAACGCACCUCAUGCCUGACCAAGCCCGUGCUGAGAAGCAUUGGUGGUAUGAUCCAAGAUAUUUGAUCAACGAUCUCAACGUCAAUAGCGUCAUUGCGAAACCCGAUCACAAUGAGAAGCUCUAUAUCAAUAGGACACCAGAUGAAAAUGGCAUAAUCGCAUCAUAUCCCAUCCGAGGAUAUGCAUAUUCAGGUGGAGGCCGCAGGGUGACCCGUGUCGAAGUUUCGCUUGACCAAGGGGAGACAUGGACAUUGGGCAACAUCGAGUAUCCCGAGGACAAAUUCAGAGAAAUGCGUCACCAAGACCCAUUUUACGGAACUCUUGAUGCAACAGAGCGUGAUACGUCAUUCUGUUGGUGCUUCUGGACAUUUGAUGUCUCGCAUGACGCUCUCGCGAGCUGUGAUGCGUUGAUGGUUAGAGCUAUGGAUGAAGGCCUCGCGUUACAACCAAGAGACAUGUAUUGGCACGCACUUGGCAUGAUGAACAACUGGUGGUUUCGCGUUGCUGUUCAUAGAACCGUCGACGACGACGGGAAAUUUGUUUUGCAAUUUGAGCAUCCAACGCUUGCUGAGACAGGGCAUGCAGGAUGGAUGGAGCGCAUGAAAGUGGCCGGGGAGGAUAUUACAAAGCCCGUCUUCGGCGAAAAGGGACGGGACCUCGCACCACGUGCUCCAAAGCAAGGCUCCGAUGAGGUCUGUUUGACCAAGCCUGGGAUAAGCAGGAAGAUCACCUUGGAAGAGUUCAAGGCGCAAGAUCGACAGCAACCAUGGUUUGUCGUCAAUGGUGAGGUUUACGAUGGAACUCCAUUUCUAGAGGACCAUCCGGGAGGCGGUGACUCUAUGUUGCUUGUGGCUGGUGAAGAUGCGUCUGAAGACUUCUUCGCCAUACAUUCUGCGGAAGGCAAACAAAAAUUGGCUGAGCACCAUAUUGGUACCCUCGUAACCAGUUUAACCAAAGAAGAACCCAUUACAACGCAGUCGGAUGAAAUAUUUCUAGAGCGCAGCAGAUGGAAAGAGGUCAAAUUGUGUACCAUCAAGCAGAUCAACCACGAUUCUUACCUGUAUCGUUUCGCCUUGCCAAAAAGAGAUCAGCUGCUCGGUCUGCCAGUUGGACAGCAUGUUUUCGUCCGCUUACGUCGGCAGGAUACCGGGGAGAUGGUACAGAGAGCGUAUACUCCAGUAUCGCAACAAGGCACAGCAGGCUUCAUCGACUUUCUCAUCAAAUUGUAUCUUCCUUCCGCUUUGAUGCCCAUUGGAGGGAAGAUGACCACCGGCCUCCAUCAACUGCGUAUCGGAGAUAGCGUGGAACUCAAAGGGCCGUUAGGGUCCUUCAUGUGGGAUGGGCCAAGUAUUGCAUUGUGGAAGGGAAUAAAGAGGUCCAUCAAGGAAGUCGGCAUGAUUUGCGGCGGAAGCGGGAUAACGCCGAUCCUCCAAGUGCUUCGCAGUAUCCUCCAGAACGCGGAAAGCGAGACCCGGGUGUGGGUGGUCAGUGCAAACAAAACUGAGCAGGAUAUCCUCUGUAGAGAAGAACUCGACCUACUCUUCGCAUUGCAUGGCAAGGGACGUUUCAAGUUGCACUACGCGCUCAGUGUUGCUCCUGAGGAGUGGCCAUACAGCGUUGGGCGAAUCAAUGAUGUAUUAUUGUCGGAGCACAUGCCUCGGCACUCUGAGCAUGGACUCAUCCUGGCGUGCGGUCCUGAUGCUAUGAUAACGCAUGCCGUUAAGCCUGGACUCCAAAAUAUGGGGUGGGAUAUAGAGAAGUCCCUGGUGGUGUUCUGAAAGGACAAAGUUGCCUGAAGAAUGGAUGAUCGUGCUAUGAUAAACCACCUGUAAAGUGUUCAUUUAUAAGGCAUGUAUGAGUGGCGAGAGCCAGCCCCGGUCAUUUUUUGUUGGCUUUCGGGGGGAAUAUUACAUAUGGAAAUGACGAAGUCAAUGUAUAGUUGCACAACUACGAUGUAGAAUUUAAAACAGCAGAUCGUACCAGAGUUCUUGAAAAUUCCACAUCACGACUGUCCGCAAAGGUUGCGAACUUGAAAGAGAAGUUGUUGAAAGGCUGAUCGUCAUCGCGCUCAUGAGGCGUACGCAUGUGAACUUGUGAAGUUAUAAGUCGGCCACAGGGCCACUACCUACGGUUGGACCGCCCAAAAGGUUGCUUC